CUUAACCAUCUCAAGUCUCUCUCAAACCAUCUCUCAAAUUGAUUACCAUCAUCUUAUCCUCCUUGCCAAUCUCCAGAAUCCCCCACCCAAACCAUUCAUCAUGGCGCAGCAGAAAAUCUUCAUCACUGGCGCCACAGGCUUCAUCGGCCGCGUUGUCACCGAGUUCGCCAUCCGCGAUGGCUACAACGUUCGAGGUCUCUCUCGCAACGAAAAAGGCGACGCUCUGCUGACCUCUCUCGGCGCGACGCCCGUCCGCGGCGACCUGACUAGCCUGGACAUGCUCUCGCAGGAAAGCGCCGCCGCCGACAUCAUCUUCCACCUGGCCUUCGACCACGACUUCAGCAAGCCCUACGAGCAGAUCCUGGCCCUCGACACCGCAGCCGUGAACGCCCUCGCCCUGCCGCUCGCCGGCACCGACAAACCGCUCAUCACGACCGGCGGCACCGCCAUGGUCGCACCCGACCCCAGCGGCGGCGAAACCGACGAAUCGAGCCCCCUGCCCGAGAACCCGAUGAUCCCGCGCCAUCUGGCGGAGGCGAACGCGCUGUCCUGGGCGCAGAAGGGCGUGCGGUCCAUCGCGCUCCGUCUCCCGCAGUACGUGUAUGGGCGCGGCACCACGACCGGGUUCACGGCGCUGCUGAUCAAAUUGGCCGUGCAGUCGGGCGAGUCGGUCUAUCUGGGUGAUGGCGAAUAUUGUGCCUCGAAUGUGUAUGUGGACGAUGCGGCACGGCUCUACUUUGCGGCGGCGGCGAAGGCAAAGGCCGGGGAGAUCUUCAAUGGCACGGCCAAUACCGAUACCACGUACAAGGCGAUGGCGACUGCCAUUGGCGAGGCGGCGCAGGUGCCGGUGAAGUCGAUGACCGCGGAGGAGGCGGCGGGUCGUUGGGGACCGUUCUUGGCUGCGUUCUAUGGGCUUGUGAAUCGCGCGUCGAACAAGAAGGCGGUUGAGCAGUUGGGUUGGGAGCCGGUCGGACCGAGCCUGUUGUCGGAGAUUCAAUCAGGAAGUUAUCUGGCUGUGGUGGAGGAGUUUAAGAAGGCUCAGGCGGCGGGAAAGCUGUGAAUAAGCUGUGAAUAAUCCUGGGAUUGUUUGUUUGGUGCUUUGGAUUACUAGUCAAAGCGAUUUCGAUGCCUAGCAAGUUCUAUUGGAUGAUGGAAUUGUCUUAAUGCAUGACGUCUUCUGGUGGUGGAAUAGCUUACAUCCGAGAGACUUUCAAUGACUACUGGCACAUAUCAC